GAUUUGAAACUCUCCCUUCCCGAGCUCUUCCCUGUGCUCUUCCCCCUCCUUUUUUGUUUCAGUAUUUAAUUGCAUUUAUUUCGGAAUUACUAGGCAACCCACCCCCAGAUGUGUAAUUUAAAGGUGAUGUGCUUGCAGUGAGAUUUUCAGGAUCUGCUCGGCAGAGCACCAUCAUGUGAUACUGGGAUAAGGUGGAGUUCGGCUUUAAGGGGGAGUCUCCAGCCUUCCUCACCAAUCUUUAGGAUCUCAGCUGGAGGACUAUCAGAGGAUCUUUCCCCAUUCCUACUUCAUCCAGCCUCCUGAGCCAGCCCCAUAGCAGACCAAAGGCGGACAGAGCAAUUGCAAGCGCUGCUAGCUGAGAUUAAGGUAUUCAGAGUUCCUGAUUUGCCGUUGACUCAGUGCCACUGUUGCUGUGGGCACUCGGCCGCUCAACAUCAAGUGAACAUUAUUAGGUGGUGCGAGGGGGAUGCAGCACCGAGGAGCGGGCUUGGCAGAGGGUUCCUUGACGGGCGCGGUUUGAACGCCGGGAGCGCUUUGGAUGCCGGCGGCGGCAGCAGCAGCGGCUGUGAAGGUCGUACAGAGCUGGAAACGACAUGAAUUCUUCGGUUCUCACCCCGCUGGGGAAUAUGACCGGUCUUCUGAAUUUUUCAGAGAAGAACUCACAGUUCUUGCAGUUUGAGGAUGAAGAUUGCCAUGUGCCUUUGGCCAUGGUCUUUACUUUGGCCUUGGCUUACGGCACUGUGAUAAUUCUGGGAGUUUCUGGGAAUCUGGCCUUGAUUGUCAUUAUUUUAAAACAGAAGGAGAUGCGCAAUGUUACCAAUAUCCUCAUAGUCAACCUGUCCUUUUCUGAUCUUUUAGUGACCAUCAUGUGUCUUCCCUUUACCUUUGUGUAUACUUUAAUGGACCACUGGAUUUUUGGGGAGGCCAUGUGCAAAUUGAAUCCUUUUGUGCAAUGUGCCUCAAUUACAGUCUCAGUCUUUUCUUUAGUCCUCAUUGCUAUUGAACGCCACCAGCUGAUCAUUAAUCCUCGUGGCUGGAGGCCAAACAACAGACAUGCGUACAUGGGGAUUGCUGCCAUAUGGAUUUUAGCCACAGCUUCCUCUUUGCCUUUCCUGAUCUACCACGUGCUAACAGAUGAACCCUUCAGAAACCUAACAUUUGAUGAAUAUAAGGACAAAUAUGUGUGCUUGGACCUGUUCCCUUUGGACACUGCUAGGCUCUCUUAUACCACAACGCUUUUAGUGAUCCAAUACUUUGGACCGCUUUGUUUUAUAUUUAUUUGCUACUUGAAGAUAUACAUACGGCUGAAAAAAAGGAACAACAUGAUGGACAAGAUAAGAGACAGUAAGUACAGAUCCUCUGAAACCAAAAGGAUCAACAUCAUGCUGAUCUCAAUAGUGGUUGCCUUUGCAGUUUGCUGGCUGCCCCUCACAAUCUUCAACAUCGUCUUUGACUGGAAUCAUGAAAUUUUGCCUGUUGCUACCUGCAGCCACAACCUGUUGUUCCUGAUUUGCCACCUCACUGCCAUGAUCUCUACCUGUGUGAACCCCAUCUUCUAUGGGUUUCUCAAUAAGAACUUCCAAAGGGACCUGCAGUUUUUAUUUCACUUUUGCCAUUUCCGGUCCCGUGAGGAGGAUUAUGAGACUAUAGCCAUGUCCACCAUGCACACAGAUGUUUCAAAAACCUCUUUAAAGCAGGCAAGCCCAGUCGCAUUUAAAAAAAUAAGUAGUGAUGAUGAUGACAAAAUAUAAAGAAGUAAUAAAUAUUCUACACCCAACUGCUGAAAGUGAGAUUGCAGGUGAAACGUGUCCAAGGACAAGCACAAUUACAUAACAAGAACAGAAUGGGUAGUGUUUUUCUUCUUUUUCCAAGGAACUUUGAUUGUUGUCACUUUGAAAUUGGACGCUGUGCAUUUUUGCCCAUUUUACUGCUUUAAUGUUCACAGCAGUUACAUCUGAAUCUUAUUAUAAGACAUAGUCAGACCUGCUACUACCUAUGGUUUUCAUCA